AUGCCAUACGAACACAAUUCAUUCUCAAUAUCAACACAAUCACAUUUUAUUAAAAAUAAUACUUUUAGAAAACAUAAACAUGUAAGUUUUGGUGGUAAUCGUAAAGAUCCACUAAAUUUAAAUGAGCUUAUUCGACAGAAAAAUCAAUCAAUAACAAACAAUAAUCAUACAGACAUGAAUAGUCAUGGUAAUGAUCGACUAGUUGAAAUUUUACUUCAACCAAAUAUACAUGACCCUCUUUGUCUUGAUAUUUCUUCACAUAGUAAUGAAAGUUCUAUUGAUAUUACUAGUGUCAAUCAACAUUCAACUAUCCAAACAACACAACGAAAUUUUCAACCAAUGAGACAUAAUCAAUUUUAUGAUCAACAAGUACCGGAAACAAAGCAGUACAAUUCAAUAAAAAGAUAUUAA